UCGCCGGGUUUAAAUCCGCAGCCUUCACGCUCGCGGACACUACAUGCAACGCCGCCCAUUUCGCCCCGCGCCACCGAGCUAGCAGCCAUGUCGGCGUCCUCCCCUGCCUCCCGCUCGCUCCUCCUCUGCCUCAGCCUCGCCCUGCUCUCCCACUUCGCCGCCGCCUUGCCUCGCGACCUCCGCUUCUCCGCCGAGGACAUCGCCGCGGUGGAGGCGGCGCUGCCGCGCCACAGGAGGUCGUCGAGGACCACCUUCUUCGAGGUCGACCGCCCGCUGCGCCCGCCCAAGGGGAGCUCGGGGCCCUGCUCCACGCUCCUGCUCUCGCACGCCUUCGCCUUCACGCUCACCAAGCCGCCCGUCACCGCGGCGUACUCGCCGCCGAGCUGCCUGCGGGGCGCCGGCGCCGUCUCGCUCGCGGUGCUCGAGUGGCGCGCCGAGUGCCGCGGGGUGCAGUACGACCGCGUCUUCGGCGUCUGGGUCGGCGGCGCCGAGAUUCUGCGGGGGAGCACCGCGGAGCCGAAGCCCGGCGGCGUGGCGUGGUCGGUGUCCAAGGACGUCACGAGGUACGCGCCGCUCCUCGCCGCCGGCAACGCCACGCUCGCCGUGUACCUCGGCAACCUCAUCGACGACACCUACAACGGCGUCUACCACGCCAACCUCACGCUCCACCUCUACUUCCGCCGCGCCGGGCGCGCGCGGCCGCCGCCACCGCAGCCGGCGGCGGCCGACGUCGUCGUCCCCAUCUCGAGGAGCCUGCCGCUCAACGACGGGCUCUGGUUCGUGGUCCAGAACGCCACCGACGUGCAGUCCACGCGCCUGGCAGUGCCGGCCAACGCGUACCGCGCGGUGCUCGAGGUCUACGUGUCGUCCCACUACGCCGACGAGUUCUGGUACAUGAACACGCCGGAGCAGAACGGGCCGUUCCGCGAGGUCACCGUCCAUCUCGACGGCGACAUCGUCGGCGCGGUGUGGCCGUUCCCCGUGAUCUACACCGGCGGAAUCAACCCCCUCAUCUGGCGCCCCAUCACCAGCAUUGGGUCCUUCAACUUCCCCACCUACGACAUCGAGCUCACGCCCUUCUUGGGCAAGUUCCUGGACGGCGAGCAGCACGAGCUCGGGUUCGCGGUGACCAACGCGCAGAACUCCUGGUACGUGGACGCCAACCUCCACCUCUGGCUCGACCCCAGGAGCUCCAAGACCACCGGCGGCCUCAUCGCGUACGACGCACCGAAGCUCGCCGGCAGCAUCGUCUCGCGCUCCGCGGACGGCAUCGACGGCGAGUACGAGGCGACGGCGAGCCGCAACAUCACGGCCACGGGGUGGGUGAGCUCGUCCCGCGGCAACGUGACCACGACGUUCACGCAGCGGCUCGGCUUCGCGAACACGAACGUGGUGAGCGGCCACGGCAGCGCGCAGGCGAUCAACCAGACGACGGACGCGCUGACCGACGUCGCCGGCGGGGGUGCGGCCGCGCAGCAGCGGGUGCAGCAGAGCUUCCCGCUCUACAUCUUCCUGGGCGGCGACGGCAGCGGCACGCCCUCGCAGCGGCUGAUGCGGAGCGUGGAGAUCGGGUUCGAGGAGUCGCGCGUCCGGGGCGGCGGCGCCGCGACGAGCACGCUGCGGAACGAGCAGGCGGCGGCGGCGGAGGUGACGCUCCGGGACGACGCCGUGGUGGGCGCGUCGUGGCGGAUGCACCAGACGUACGCGUACGGCGCCUCCGACGGCGGCUGCUACCUGAGGAACGUGAGCAGCGUCGGGUACGACGUGCUUUUCGACCAUUACGACGCGUCGUGCGCCGGCACGCGCGGCCGCCCUGCGGGCCCCAUGGUUCAGAGGGCCACAGGUCAGUGGGGGAGUCUCCCAGACUCAUCCACCUCAACCGCCCCCUCGUGCUCGCCGCUCCCAACAAUGGCGCCACCCGCGGCUGCCGCCUCGAGCAUCCUCCUCCUCCUCCUCCUCCUCGUCGCGCUCCUCCACCCCGCCGCGGCGGCCGCGGGCGCCGCGCGGCACAGGCACCGCCUCGGCGCGUCCUUGCGCGCCGCCCCGCCCGCCGCGUCGCAGCAGCCGACCACCUUCUUCGAGGUGGACCGCCCGAUCCGCCCGCCGCGCGGCAGCGCGGGGCCCUGCUCCGCGCUGCUCCUCUCCGGUACCUUCGGCGCCACCUACGGCCGCCCCCCCGCCACCGCCGCCUACGCGCCGCCGGCCUGCCUCGCCGCCGCGCGGGCCCGCGGCGCGGCGCUCGCGCUCGCCGUGCUCGAGUGGAGCGCCGACUGCCGCGGCCGCCAGUUCGACCGCAUCUUCGGCGUCUGGCUCUCCGGCGCCGAGCUGCUCCGCAGCUGCACCGCCGAGCCGCGGCCCAACGGCAUCCUCUGGUCCGUAUCCCGCGACGUCACCAGGUACGCCGCCCUCCUCGCGGAGCCCGGUGAGGUCGCGGUGUACCUCGGGAACCUCGUCGACAAGACGUACACCGGCGUCUACCACGCCAACCUCACGCUCCACCUCUACUUCCACGCCGCCCCGCCGCCACCGCCGCAGCAACAGCAGCAGGCCGAUCUGAUUCUGCCCAUCUCAAGGAGCCUGCCUUUGAACGACGGGCAGUGGUUCGCCAUCCAGAAUUCCACCGAUGUGCAGUCCAAGACGCUCGCCAUUCCGUCAAACACCUACCGGGCGGUCCUUGAGGUGUUCGUUUCCUUCCACUCCAGCGACGAGUUCUGGUACACCAAUCCUCCCAAUGAUUACAUUCAGGCGAAUAACUUGUCCGACGUUCCCGGCAACGGUGCAUUCAGGGAAGUUGUAGCUAGGGUGGAUGGUGAAGUUGUCGGUGCUGUUUGGCCAUUCACUGUGAUUUACACCGGCGGUGUCAAUCCGCUUCUAUGGCGACCAAUCACCGGAAUUGGCUCAUUCAAUCUCCCGACAUAUGACAUUGACAUCACACCAUUCUUGGGCAAGCUCCUGGACGGUAAGGAGCAUGAUUUUGGGUUUGGCGUUACAGAUGCUCUUGAUGUGUGGUACAUUGAUGCCAAUUUGCAUCUAUGGUUGGAUCACAAGAGUGAGAAGACAACUGGGAGCUUGAUCAGCUAUGAUGCAUCUGGAUUGGACUUUAAUGUGAACUCUGAAUUCAGUGGGUUAGAUGGGCAGUUUGUGACAAGUGCAAGUCGGCAUAUCUCUGCAACUGGAUGGGUGAAAUCGUCAUACGGGGAGGUCACCACAAGUUUCUACCAGAGAUUCAGCUAUGAAAACAGCAAUGUGUUUAGAAAAAACGGCACUGUGCAAAUCGUGAACCAAACCAUCGAUGCAAAAUCUGGCAUUUUUGUCAAGGAUACUUCUUCUGUACUUCUCUCCGGGGAGUUUCAUGAGGUCUUCCCACUGUAUCUUUAUACUGGAACCUCAGAUAAAGUGGGUGAUGAGUACUCAUUGGAUUCACUUGUCAAAUUUGGUAUCAAUGAGAAGAAGACAUCUGGUGGGAAAGUGGGCUUCUCGUUCAGUUCUCUGCGGAACACGCAGUCGGCACGUGGCACAAUGAGGGUGAAGAAGAAUUUGGUAGUCAGUGGAUUGGGGAAGACCCAUCAGGUUUAUAAGUAUGUGGGAACUGAUGGAUGCUAUCUCAGGGAUGUGAGCAGCAGGAACUACACUAUACUUUUCGACCGCUUUGAUGAUUCUUGUUCAAAAGGAGCAAAUAGCGGGGCCAGCACGAAGUUGAACGAUCAGUCAGCAAGAAGAAAGUUGCUGGUGAACAAACUGUAAAGCAUGGGAAAGGUUUUACUUGGUCUAUGUUUCAGUUUACUUUGCUUCUUCAAUAAAGAUUUCUUAGGUAGCUCAUGCUUCAGAAAGUUGGUAAGAAACUUGAAAAUGUCUUUAUAAACACAUCACUUCAGAUUCAAUGACAUACUAUUGUCAUCA